UUGAAGAUGCUAAAAGGCGGAUUUUGCUCGCCAACAUCAUUUUUGAAGGCUCUACGUUCAAAACUAGAAUAAAGUUGGUGAAAUUAUUGUUAGUUGUAAUUAAAAAAUGUCCACAACUCAAGCUACUAAAAAUUGCAUUACGCUUAAUGGAUCCGCCCAGAUAAUUGCCGAGUAUUUGAAAUACGGCAUAAAUUCAAUUCUUUUUCAGCGGGGCAUUUAUCCGGCAGAGACUUUCGAAAGCACUCAACAAUACGGUCUAACAAUACUAAUGUCGAAAGAUCCAAAAAUUGAGGAGUUUUUGCAAAAGGUUUUGGAGCAAACUGAAGAAUGGCUAUCGAAAAAUAUGAUAAACAAGAUAUCGAUGGUUAUAACCAAUGCCCACACCAAAGAAGUUCUAGAAUGUUGGGAUUUUAAAAUGAACGCUGAAAUAGGUGAUGGCGAUACAACUGAUCCACAAAAAUUGACCUCAUCCAAAGAUUUGAAACGCAUACAAAAUGAAAUUCGAGAUGUAAUGCGCCAAAUUUCUGCUACAGUGACUUAUUUACCUCUACUGGAUUGCAUAUGCACAUUUGACGUAAUGAUCCAUACAUUGCAAACUUGCAAUAUACCAGAGAGUUGGGAUGAGACUGGACCGGCCUUUAUACAAAAUGCUCAAUCGGUCCAAUUGCGUUCAUUCUCUACGGGUUUACACAAAGUAGAUACUGUUGUUAAUUAUAAGAUGUCAUCAUAAUAUUAGAGGAUACGUUUUUGUUAUUGUAUAAUUUUACUUCUUUCUAUGCAGCAUUAAUCAGUUUACACUUAGAGGUGUGUUGUGCUUCUUGAAUCGAGUAUAUUGACUUUUUUAAAAUUUUUAUCAAAACUAUUUUACUAUAGACUAACUUAUUAUUUGUGCUAUGUUUGAAACUUAAUUUAAAUGUUAAGUCUUUUUCUAUGGAAGUUCCACCUACGUCCAAAUCAUUUCUAGAAAAUUUCUAUUAAAAAUUAAAGUCUGGUCACAAAGAGUGCAAUUCGAAUUCACGGCAGUCUGCCGUCAUACUCUUACUCAUAUGGAUAUCACAAAACGAACUUCUCUUCAAUUUCGGACACCUAGCGCUGAGAUGUCUUUCUCCUUUUGGUCCAAACGGCGAAAACAUUGGAAAUAAGUCACUUUUUAUCUGUUUAUUUGAGCGGUACAAAAAAUGUAGACACUUGUGGAGCAGGACAUAGACUUUCAAGAAAAUAACCGAUUUUGCACCGAGUUUAAUGAAGUCUACGUGCAAUUUAGAGCAGAUAAAAUUCUAGUUCGAACAUUUUUAAUUUAAAAUAAGGAAUAUUGCGUAAUUAAGGCGAUCGUUUUGUUCCAUGUUCCAUGAAAACGGCAACAAAAAAAAUAUAAAAUUUAAUUUUUAGAAAAAUGGUUGUUGUCAGUCGCAUAAACUCGGAUAGAAAGAUUUAUGUUCCUUAUCCUUUUUGGGUCUUGCAGAGAAGUGAUACAGAAUAGUAGCAUACUGCUAAAACAACAACAGAAUAAUAAGUUCCGACACGCUACCGGACGCAUCAGGUUGCGGGUUGCAGUUAGUGAGAAGCUCUAAAACAGCGUAGCUGCAACUGCAGUGGCGGAUAAUCAGUGCUAUCGAGU